UCUAUGAGUUGGCAUCAAUUUUAUAUCAGGUUUGUUAGCUUUGAAUGCCUGACCUUGGCUAAUAGAUUACUGGGUGUUCCGUGGCAAAGGCAUUGACCUUGGCCCCCGCAAGGUGGGGCCGGAGAGAAUGAACUGAGUUUUAGCGCCAAAACGCAGAUGUUUUUACUCGUUCAUUUCAUUCAUUCUUAUAAACAAGCCAAUAGUUGAAUGUUGAUAGUUGAAUCAGUGUGUUGAAUUUGCGUAUAGUAGAGUGACGUGUUGUGCCUGUAAUAUUAUAUUGUGUAACGCAAUUUGUUGGUUAAAAACAGUUUAGACGAAAUUUCUCACAGUUAUAAUAGAGCCAGAAUAAACAAAUUCAAGUUUUGUGCCAUCCGAUAAAGAGCCAUCCAGACUAAAGCACACAGUUAAUAAACAAGAAGACUGAUAUCAUAGUUUAAACAAUGGGUAAAAUAGCAACGUAUAUAUUCUUCGACAUACAGUCCAACGGCUAUCCAGGACCAUGUCACAUCGAAGUGCAAAUUGCAGAAAUAUGUAUGAUAGCAGUAAAACGAAUGCAUAUUGAGGCACGCGAGGAACAACCGCGAACUCUCAACAAGUUCAAGAUGUGUUUCAGACUUCGUUAUGUUAUUGCAGACAUAGUGGCUUUACGCAGUGGAUUAACCAAACCAGUUUUGAAAAACGAAGCCGAAUUUAACAAAGAUGUCUUCAAUAUUAUCAACACCUUCAUAAGUUGUCAGGAAAAACCCGUGUGUAUGAUUGCCCAUAAUGCCUUCGAGUUUCACUUCCCAUUACUCAAAUAUCACUUUCAUCAAUUGAAGGUUUCAUUGCCAAAUGAUAUUCUAUGCACUGAUAGUCUUUACGCCUUAUAUGAUAUAAUGGAACCAGAAAACAAUAAAAAUACAAUACACAAUAAGCCUGGACGAACUGCUUAUAAAAAUGUCGUACGAACUAAAUAUUAUGAUGUAAAACCUAAAGAAUCAUAUAGAUUAUCAGAUAUCUACAGCAGGGUAAUAAACGGGGAUCUUACACCAUACAACUCAGAGAAUAACUGUAAAAUGAUAAUGAAAUUAGCAAUAGAGAAAAGUGAAGAAUUUGUCGCAUGGGUUGAAAGAAACCACUGCCUGUUCUCAGAGGUGCCCAUAAUGUAUAUGUAGAUGACUUUAUUCUAAACAGGCUAUAGUGCCUGUAGAUAACAUGCCUAAGCAAUAUUUGCCUGCAACGAGGCAUAAGGCAGGGAGAGACCAAGACGGCCGUCAGAUCUUAAUGCGAGUUUCAACUCACAACUGAAGAAGCAUUGGAUGACCAUAAUAUGGCGGUAGAAACAGAACACCAGAAAAGAGUCACGCCGCGCUUAUUGCAGUCACGGCAAACGAUGCGAUAUCAUUAUUUAGCCACGUUUUUUUUAGAUGCCUAUAAAUAAGUACAGUUAUUUAUGUGUCGUAACGUAUUUUGAAUAGUAGCAUUCAAAUUACUAUACCAAUAAAUUAAUGAAUUGCUGUUCGUUAGUCUCACUAAAACUCGAGGAUGGCUGGACCGAUUUGGCUUUUUUGGUUUUAAAAUGUUUGUAGAGGUCCAGGGAAGGUUUAAACGAUACCAAGUUCGGGGGAUCAGCUAGUUUCAAAUAAAUUACUACAUAAUGUUGUACAUAAGUGAGUGAAUUGCAAUAAUAUACUUAGUUUAAACUUUGUGAGGGGGAAUGCAGGCAGACUAGAAAUGGCACUUUCACCACCCAUCCACCGGACUGGCCAGUUUCCAGCAGUGGGUUCAAUCACUGUUUUAUAAACACGCAAAUUACAAAAUAUGUAUUUACAUGUUAGGUACCUAAUAAAUAAAAAAAAACAUGUCGUAAUAAUUACUGAUAAAUACUGGGUUUGCGUUCACAAGUAAUUUCUGCCUGCUAAAAAUGUUAACAUAACAAGACUUCACUCCGACUGAACAGAGGCAUUUAAGUAUUUUCCAUAUUUAUAUUUCUGAGAUGCAUUUCUUUUUUUAAAUUUUGUCUAAGAAUAACCACAGAUUACUAAGUAGUUAUAGUGGUUAAGAUCAUCGUCAAAAUAACUUUUAUUUAUAAUUUAUUAAAAUUAAUUUUACUAACUUUUAUAAAUAGAAAGUUGAAGUGCAAUAAUAUUUAAAUAAAUGAUCUUUGCAUAA